AAAGCGUUUCAGCAACAUCCUGAAACGCCUGUUGAUCUGCAACCAGUUGUGCUGAAAGCCCAAAAGGAAUUUUAACAAAAAUCAUUUCAAGAUGGUGCCUUUCGCCAUCAUAAUCUCCACACUAAUCAUCCAGUUGGCGUGGGGCUACAACGAAGACUUUUAUUCGGACAAUUUUGACAGUUUUGAAGACCCCUCCGAUGUUGAAGUGCAACGAAGAAACAGCAAUUUUCUUCGAUUUGGUCGAAGCGACGAUUAUGAAGACUAUAAUGAAGAUUUUGCACGGCCUACGCGAUCCGGAAAGCCGGAAAAGAACGAUCAUUUUAUCCGAUUUGGACGCAGUAAACCGGAUUUUCUUCGAUUUGGACGCAAGCCAACAACGAAUUAUCUGCGAUUUGGACGUCGGAAUAAACGCGAUACGAGUUAUUUUUUGAGGUUUGGACGAAAUAGCAAUUUUUUGAGGUUUGGAAAGAAGGCGAAUGACGAGUCGCCGCUGGUUCAACUGUUGAGCAAUCUCCUCAAAAAGGAAGAAGAGGAAAAUAAGCAAAGAAUUGUGGUGUAAUGUCUUAUUGUAAUAGAAAUAAAUGUGGCUGGAUUAUGAUUAUUCGCAUAUGAAAUAUUUUGAUGUUUAUUAUUUUUCACGUAAAAAAUUACUUUUUUAAUAAAUUAUAAUUAUUAUCACCCAACUAAACU